AACCUGGGGACUCUGCAGAAGUUGCCAGGUGGGCUGGCCCCCCAACCCCGCACCCUGGGCACAUCAGUGAGUGGGGGACCUAAAGAGCAGAGCAUGGGACGGAGGGGCGCCAGAGGCGAGGCCCCUUGCUCCCAGGCCAGGACCCCAUUUCAGGGGUCCCUGCCUGUCCAGACUUCAUUUCCCUCCAUUCCCAAGGCAGCUACACUCCUGGCACGAAAGGGUUAAGUCAGCCUGCGCCCGCCAGCCAAUGGCCACGCGCAGCGCCUUUGCGGCGCCGCCUGAUUGGCAGAUGCACGGGGUGGGCGGGGAGGAGCCCCCGUGCCCUGGGAUGCUCUUAAAAGGCUGUGGCUGUGGCCACCGGCUCCGCGCACCAGCUCACCUUGGCCAUGAGCAGCGCAGCCCGCCCGGACUCAGCGGAGGCGCCCGAGGAGCGGCAUUUCCUCAGCACUGCGGAGGCGGCCGCCCUGGAGCGCGAGUUACUGGAGGAUUACCGCUUUGGGCGGCAGCAGCUGGUGGAGUUGUGUGGCCAUGCUAGUGCUGUGGCUGUGACCAAGGUGUUCCCCUUGCCUACUCUCUCCCGGAAGCAGAGGACAGUGCUGGUCGUGUGUGGCCCGGAGCAGAAUGGGGCGGUGGGGCUGGUCUGUGCGCGGCACCUGCGGAUGUUUGAGUACGAACCGACCAUCUUCUACCCUACACGGUCACUGGAUGGGCUGCACCAGGACCUGACCACUCAGUGUGAGAAGAUGGACAUCCCCUUUCUGUCCUAUUUGCCCACGGAGGUCCAGCUCAUCAACGAUGCCUACGGGCUGGUGGUGGACGCUGUGCUGGGCCCUGGCGUGCAGCCAGGAGAGAUCGGGGGCCCCUGCACGCGGGCGCUGGCCACACUCAAGCUGCUGUCCAUACCCCUUGUGAGCCUGGACAUUCCCUCAGGCUGGGACGCGGAGACCGGCGGCGGCGACACCGAAGAUGGGCUCCGGCCCGACGUGCUGGUAUCGCUCGCCGCGCCCAAGCCCUGCGCGGGCCGUUUCUCCGGCCGCCACCACUUCGUGGCCGGCAGGUUCGUGCCCGACGACGUGCGCCGAAAGUUCGCUCUGCGCCUGCCGGGAUACACCGGCACCGACUGCGUCGCGGCGCUGUAACCGCGCCCGCACCCAAGCGGCUUGGACCCGCGCCAAUAAACAGACGUCCCACCA